AUGGAGAUAGCAAGAGCACCAAGUGCCAAAAGAAUGGAUGAGGAAAUUACAAGGAUUAAGGAGAAUGAGGUCAAGAUAAGAGACAGAAAUGAUGGAGAGGUGGCUCCAAGGGCCCAGGACACAAGGAAAUGUGCAAGAUGGAAUGUAAUAAAAUGGCAGAAAUGUUAUAAGUUGGAAAGUAAAGAGCUUCUACAGUUGUGUAUUACUGUUAAAAAUGAGGACUCGAAACGCCAGUAUUUUAUAGAGUUAUUUAACAUCACAUUGUAUAUGCACGAUAUACUUUGUAUUAAGGUGUUCCUGGUGCUGUUGCUGUUGCUGUCUCUGGCAUCACACGUGGUAGUGUUGAGGUACCGGCGUCGUGAGGCCGCCAACUUACCACCUCCCAGACAUACAGACGACGACGAGGCUGCAGUCGAUCGUAUUGCGUUAUGGCUGUGCACAUUUAGUCUGUCAGUGUCUUUGGGUGCUGUUCUGCUCCUGCCCAUCAGUAUCAUGAGCAAUGAAGUUCUUACCAUGUACCGCGAUUCCCUCUAUGUACAGUGGCUCAACCUUUCUCUCAUACAGGGAUUGUGGAACAUUAUCUUCCUCUUCUCCAAUCUGUCAUUAUUUGUGGGGUUGCCAUUCGCCUACCUCUUCACUGAAUCUGAAGGCUUUCCUGGCUCUCGUAAGGGGCUACGAGCCCGCAUAGUUGAGACGGUGGUAGUCUUAACACUGUUAGUAGUGUUGGUGUUUGGGGUUGCUGUCAUCCUCUCUUUCCUUUUGGGUUAUUGUGAGCAGGAGAAUCUCUCUCAAAUGAUUGAUGUGUGGGGAAGCUUUUACUUGCCGUUUCUAUAUUCUCUCAUCUCGUGUUUGGGGGUCCUCAUGCUCCUCUUGUGUACACCUGUUGGGCUGGCUCACUUGUUUACUGCCAUGGGACGACUUAUGGUAAAACCUGGAUUCCUAAGAGACUUGGCAGAAGAGUACCAAGCUACAGUACUUCAGGAAGAUGCCCUGGCUCGGCAGUUAGCACGUCCCUCCCAGCCUCAUGCCAGGCCUAUCACUCGCUCUAUCUCUAAUACUCCAACUGCAGAGGACAUUUUGCAUCAAUAUUAUGCUGUAAAGAAAACGAGAGUUAAACUUGAAGAGCGUCGUCGUGCAGGAAUAUUUCAGCGCACUUUAGCAUAUCCACUUGCACUACUAUUGCUGCUAGCACUCACUGGUACAGCCGUUGUCAUAGUGGGCCUCAACACUUUGCAGUUACUUGUUGGUAUCAAGGCCCUGCCACUGGCUUCAGCACCAGCCAUAUUGGGAGAAGCUCAACAAGGAAAGAGGACAGUGCUUCUGUUUGUGCUGGGGCCUGUUGGUGCUGUCUUAGAGGUUGUACUCAUCUUGUACCUGAUUGCUGCAUCCCUACUGGGUUGCUAUUCCUUGCCUGUUAUAGCCAAGAUCCGUCCCAAGCCACGAGACACACCCAUGGUGCAUGUCAUUGCCAACUGUGUCGUCAUACUGAUUCUUUCUAGUGCUUUGCCACUUCUGGCUAGAACGCUAGGGAUCACAAAUUUUGACUUGCUGGGAGACUUUGGUAAGAUCAGUUGGCUGGGCAACUUCUGGAUAGUGUUGGGUUACAAUAUACUUUUUGCCACAGCAGCAGCAUGGUGUUUGGUGAAAAAGUUUACUGCAACUAUUAGACAUGAAAUAUACAUGAGGUGAGAAAGUGCACAACAAUAUUGUUUUGUACAGUAUGUAAGGUUGCUUGCCAUUUACCAUAAUGGUCAGCUAAGUCAGAGUUCAGUGAUUUUCUGGAAAGAGAAACUCAAUUCCCUUGAAAACUACUAGGAGUAUGUUAGUAAUUUUCCUUGUACUUGUAGGGAAGUAUUAAACUGCCC